AUGAACUGUCCUUUGAUUUUUGUGGGAAAAGCACAACUUCUUGCUUAAAUAUAUCCAUCUCUCUUCUAAGCUCAAGGCAAGGAGGUAACUUCAUUCUCUCUCAUUUCCUGGCUUCUCUGAGCUCCAAAAAUCCAUGGCUACUCAGGUGCAAUCUGCAGUUUCUGUCCUUUUAGUCCUUAAUCUUGUACUUUACUUCAUCAUCACCGUCAUCGCUUCGUGGGCGGUAAAUCACGCGCUGGAGCAGUCUUUCGAAUCAGCAUCGACAUUGACAUUGCCAGCUCGGUUGUUUCCUAUAUACUUUCCGAUCGGAAACAUGGCGACGGGAUUCUUUGUUAUCUUCUCCUUGAUUGCUGGGGUUGUGGGAAUGGCAUCAUCAGCCACAGGAAUCACCAAUGUCACAAAAUGGAAUGCCUCAAAUGUUCACACAGCAUCUGUUUCCUCUCUUGCAACUUUUGCUGUUACUAUACUUGCUAUGGGGUUUGCAUGGAAAGAAAUUGAACUUGGUUGGACAAAUUCAAACUUGAGGACAUUGGAGGUAAUGACAAUAAUCACAAGUGCAACUCAGUUGUUAUGCACAGGCGCUGUUCAAAUUGGAGUCGAAGAGAUGAUUGUUUCCAACAACCGCCUUGCAGGAAGGGUUUGAAUGAAAUAACAAAAUUUCUUUCUUUAAAAAGAAAAAAAAAAGUCAUCUUGUAAUUUAAGCACUCUUUUGAUUUCUUUUUUCAAGUUUUCAUGUAUUCAUUUCGUGUGGAUUUGAUGUUGGGAUGAUUUGGCAAAAAUGUCAUCUAUCACAUUUGAAUUUCUUUUC